AUGGAGGUUGACCGCACUCGCACUCGGAGAGAGAGGACGUUCAUUGGCAGCGAAUGUGCUGUCUGCGAGGAGCCGCUCGAACACACCCUGCGGGGAGAACGGAUUCUCCAGUUUUCCUGCAGCCACGUGUCUCAUGAAGCAUGCUUCUAUGAAUUCAUUCGCGAAUUUGAAUCACAAUACUGCCCAACCUGCAAUGCACCCCUCGGCCUCGACACGAGCCGCGGAGGCAAUGUUUUGGAUAUCGAGAAAAUCAGCAAUAUUGUGCGCUCGGUGACCAUGAGCGAUGCCGCCACUACGCGGAGUGGCUUGACGGGCCCGAACGCAUGGGAACAGCAGUCGAUCCGUCGACCACCUAGUGACAGUGGAAGUCGCUCGAACAACCGGGACCCGUCAUUUGGAACGCGCCGCGACAGCCGUGAUACUACCGGCCAGCGGGAGCGUGUCGAGCGCCUGACCACCGCAUCGCAACCUCGUCAACCCCACUCACGCAACGGUAGCGCGGCGGGCUCUUCGGAGAAUUACAAUGAGGGUCAACAUCCCAGCAGUGGACGGCGACAUGACUACGACGUGCAAGCCAUGGAAUCGGACUUGAGUCCGCGGCAAGGGGUUACCAAGAACCCCAUCCCGGCCCCGAUUGUCACCGUGCGCAGCGAAUUCCCCACCAUGAACCGAUCUCGGCAGCAACAGUCUCUGACAUGCCUGAUCACCGUGGAAGUGCCCGAAGGAAAUUGGCGCCCGAAUGUGGAAGACCUGCGACACAGCCAGGCCACCCAACAGCAACUGGAUGAGCCAUAUUCUGCCCGAUUUGGAGGUUCGCAGGAUGCCCGCUCCAUCCAACAGGAACCGGCGGAGAAUUUGGAUGAAAUCGCCGAGGAGCUUAAAAGCCGGGUCGACAACUGGCAUGGCCUGGAGUUCAACCGCUUUGGCAAGCUGCGUCUGCACGGACAAAUGCGCGUUGGCAAGGACCGAGAAUCAUGGCAAGAGUUGGAAUGUUACUUGUUCGCUGAGAUGCUCAUCUGCGUCAAGGAAAAGAAGCCAUCCAGCUCUCAGCAAUACGAAGAACCGGAAAAGCGCAAGCGGCCACGCUGCACUCUCAAGGGUUCGAUCCUCAUUAAGAAGCACUUGAAAUCCCUGGAGGCGGGCGUCGACGAGCCCAUUCUCUCUCUUAACCUGUCGGUCAGCGAACUCCCUUACUUCUAUUUGCGCUUCCAGUCUCGUCAGCAACUGGAGAUGUGGCGCCGGGCCUUGAUGGAUCUACACCCGGUGGAGAACCUGUCGCGUGCUCAGGAAUAUGAACUUGAUCACUCUGGUGCGGAAGACGAUGACUACCGGACCAGCCGCAUCCAACGACAAGCAUCCAUCAACUCGUCCUACGGUGCGGGCAAGUCAAAUAAUACCGCUAUCACUGAUUACAGCAAUCCCGAUAUGGAUAAACUGUCCAUCGACUCGUUCCACGUGCCUAUCGAUAUCGUGGUGGUUAUUCCUGUAUCCUCGUCCAUGCAGGGUCUUAAGAUUACCCUGUUGCGCGAUGCCCUUAAGUUCCUUGUUAUGAACCUUGGAGCCCGAGACCGGAUGGGUUUGGUGACAUUCGGCUCGAGUGGUGGUGGAGUGCCUUUGGUAGGCAUGACCACCAAGAACUGGAGUGGAUGGAACAAGAUCCUUGAUUCGAUUCGGCCCGUGGGCCAGAAGAGUCUUCGAGCUGAUGUGGUCGAGGGUGCGAAUGUGGCCAUGGAUCUCCUGAUGCAGCGCAAGUUGAACAAUCCCGUUUCGACCAUCUUGUUGAUCAGUGAUUCAUCUACCUCAGAUCCCGAAAGCGUUGAUUUCGUGGUCUCGCGCGCCGAGGCUGCCAAGAUCAACAUCCACUCAUUUGGACUUGGCCUGACCCACAAACCGGACACGAUGAUUGAGCUCUCCACACGUACCAAGGGCUCCUAUCUCUACGUGAAGGACUGGAUGAUGCUGCGGGAAUGUGUUGCCGGCUGCUUGGGUGCCUUGCAGACCACAUCCCACCAAAAUGUCAAGCUCAAGCUUCGCCUGCCUGAAGGAUCCCCGGCCAAGUUUGUGAAGAUUAGCGGUGCCCUUCACACCACCAAACGCGCUACAGGCAAGGAUGCCGAAGCGGCUUUGGGAGACCUCCGAUUCGGUGACAAACGCGAUGUCUUAGUGCAACUGGUCAUCUCCCCCGAUAAUGCCACACAAGACAACAUGCCUCAGGACCCCUGGGAGAGCUUGGUCUCCGGAUUGGAGGCGCUGGGCGGUGGCCUAGAUGGGGACGAGCAGCGGGUACUCAGUGUGGAAGAGGUUCCAUUGAUCCAGGCUGAUCUGACCUAUGGGGACCUUCUUCGGGAUGGCCAUCUCACUCAUUCCCCUCGCCCAUCGUUGCUCGCCAUUACCAUGCUCCCACCAAAUCCCAAGGCCAAGAACCAGCGACCCAUGACUCCUCCCAUCCCCCCUCACCCCUCAAUUGUGCAGCGGCGUAUGGAGCUGCUUACCUCUGAUAUGUUGACCCGCGCUCUCACUCUUGUUUCUCGCGGCCAACAUGACCGGGGGCAGCAUCUUCUGAAUGAGACUCGAAGCAUCCUCAAGGGUCUCGGUAAGGGUGGCCUGCCUCCACUUCCCCCAGUCGCUUCGCGGCCUUCGGGCACGAGCGAUUCGGGCAGCCGAGGCGACCACACCCCAAGCUCCUCCUCGCCCAAGUCUUCCACUUUUGCAGAGAGCCAUGCCUCUUCCGCAUCCGAAACCGCCACUAUCACACCGUCCUCUUCUGUUGACAGUCAGACCAUGAACGCCCUCAACGCGGAUUUGGAUUCUGCUUUGGAAUGGAUCAACCACCCCGCUGUCUUCGGCCGCGAUUCUCGCAAGGCGGUGCUGCAGAGUAUCGGCGUCAUAUCAUCACAGCGCGCCUACACUUACCGCACGCCGUCCGAAGCUCACUGGGCACAACGGAUUGCUGGCGUCCGUCGGUUGACAGACCGAUCAAAAGACUGGCGUGAGAUGGGCGACGAUGCAUUGACCGAAGAGUAA